AUGGAGGACACUUUCUUAUUGUAUGGGAAGAGCGACAAGCAGUAUUUGGUGCUGCCUAGGGGUGGUAGUGAACUAAAGCUGGUUACUAACCCUGAAUUUCGAGAGCGGGAGAAUGGAUAUUUGAGCGAACCUAGUCAGAUUGACGUACGAAACAUACCGACUAGCCCCCCAACUGGUUCUAAUUCGCCUGUUAGACCACCUGCCGAAGCGCCUGCUCAAGAGCCCAUUGAAACGCCUUCUCGAGAUCCCCGAAUGCCUACUGAGGCGCCUGCCCGAGAGCAACUGCCAGUUAAUGAGUCCUCUCAUACUGAUGAGCCGAUGAACGAUAUAACGCCAGAACCGCCGAAAUUGCCGAAUAGAGAGAAUGGAGAGAAGGAAAGGGAUUCCUCUUCAUUGAAUGGGGGCAUGACAGAUAAUCCAUUAAAACUGUCUGAGGAAGUUCAGUCUAAAGGGGAGACAGAGCAGCAGAGUGCUCCUGAAAGGCAUGCAACUGAAGAAGUAUGUGAGAUUACCCCACCAGAGACUGAAGAAGAGCCUUUGAAUGCUGGCACAGAGAGAAUGCCAGAUAAAACACCUGUACGACGCUCAGAACGCGUCUGCCAACCAUCAACAAGGCUAGUGGAGAGCCAGCAAAUGGAUGGAUUGAGUCGCAAGCGCAAAGCUGAAGGGGAGGAAUCAUCAGAUCGUCCAGCUCAGCGCCUGUGA